GACGGGAAACGUCUGUCUACUCGGAACUCAACUGGAAGCUGGUGCUUCGGGCGGUGAGUUGCAGUGUACGUUCAGAUUCUCUGUCUUCACCACCCAAUUCCAGCUAAGGUAUCAAGUCUAAGUAUACCUUAGCUAAGUAGCUGCAAGUGUUGUUUCCAAGGGAAGAGGAAGGCGGGGCAGCGAUGGAAGUUGUUGCUCCCAAGCCCUUCGAGCCCGGUAACUACCCCCGCUAUGACGCAGUGCAAAGCGACUCCGAGGGUCUCGGUCCUGCACCUGCGAGGUCGCCGCAACAAACACCACUCUAUACCACAGUAAUGAGUCAGCCCACCGCAUGCGGAAUCAGCAAGGCCGCAACUUUGAAUCGAGGAGUUGGUUGACGGCAGCUUCAAUCAGGACAAGGCCUUGCUGACCCCCGCGGUUCCUGCAAACCCAUCAAUUAUUCUUCUAAGAGGCUGUCGAAAGACGUUGACGAUAUCCUUUGAGAAAGAGGGCGACAAUGGCAGACUCAAACCCCUCGAAGCAAGUCUCGUUUGAAGAGCCCCCAUCGUCAGCGAGCGACGAGGACCGGAAUCCGGUCGAGGUCGUCUUCGAUUCAUCCAAUCCCUACCGCCGGAAGAGCUCCCUCGUUACCAACGACGUGGUGCUCCCUGAUUUGCACCGAGCACCCCCGCCGCUCCAUAGCAAGACAGAAUGCCUUGUCCACCAGUUCCUGGCCAGCCAGAAAAAGGAGAAACAUGCCCUCGCGACCAACCAUCGCACCCGUGACCAUCCCGGUAUCAGCCAUGUCCACCACCGCCACGCCGGGAUAGCAAGCUGCGAAGCAGAGGACGUCUCGUCCGAGAACGGCCUGGACCGCCCUCUCGAUCCUAAGGGCAAGCACGGCCACGGCGCCCAAGCUCAGUCCAAGCCGGAGACUGCUCGACGGGGCAGCAAAGGCCACGAGGAGGGACAGGAACAGGUAGAGCACGACGAACUCGCUCACCCGAGCGCCACCUUUCUCCGCCACCCUCGCACCGCGACCUCCGCCAAGAAACAAGCACAGCCCCAACAACAGCAACCCGAAGCAGGAACGGACGAUGAAGCCGCCGACAGCAGCGCAAGCAGCACAACUACCGACGGCGGACAGUCCGACGAGAAGCAAUGGCGGCGCGAGAUGGUCGCUGACGGCACGGUGCCGCGCACGCCGUCGCAGCUCGACCGGCACUUCGCGUCUUCUGACACGCUCAACUCGCGCCUGCUCACCAAGAAGCAGCUGAGCGAAAUGGCCUGGGGCGUGCGCGAACUGAGCCGCCGGCUGGGUAGCAUGCGGCUCAAGUUCCGGGUCAAGAGCAUCAUGUUGCUGACCAAGAUCUAUGAUACUGAGCUGAUCGCCAAGACGAGGGAGCUGUGCCGCUGGCUGCUGGAUCGGGAGAGGGAGGUGAGGUAUACCGUGUAUGUGGACAAGGAGUUCCGCGAGAAUAAGAAGUUUGAUGUGGCAGGGCUGGUGGAGGAGGUCAGGAGGGAUUAUGUCGCGUCGGGUGAGGUCACCGAGGAGGCAAGCUGGGACGUGGGGAAGCGGUUGAGGUAUUGGGAUGAGGAGCUGUGCAAAACGCGGCCGCAUACGUUCGACUUUGUGAUUACCCUCGGCGGGGACGGUACGGUGCUGUAUGCCAGCUGGCUGUUCCAGCGGAUUGUGCCGCCUGUGCUGAGCUUUGCGCUGGGCAGUCUGGGGUUUCUGACAAAGUUCGAUUUUGAGGACUAUCGAAAGACGUUGACGAGCGCGUUUAACGCGGGGGUGACGGUUAGUUUGAGGUUGAGGUUUGAGGCGACGAUAAUGCGCAGCCGGAAGACGGGGUCGAGGCUGACGGAGGACGGCGAGCACGCGGAGCAUAGCCCAGACGGUGACGGUUCGAGGCCGCCGAGAGAUCUGGUUGAGGAGCUGAUAGGCGAGGAGAAGGACGACGAGCAUACCCAUCGACCAGACGGAACGUACGAGGUGCUGAACGAAGUCGUGGUGGACCGCGGCCCGAACCCAACAAUGUCCAACAUCGAAAUCUUCGGCGACGACGAGCACUUCACGUCUGUCUCCGCCGACGGCAUCUGCGUCGGCACACCCACCGGUUCGACCGCCUACAAUCUCGCAGCCGGCGGUUCGCUGUGCCACCCCGAAAACCCAGUCAUGCUCGUGACCGCCAUCUGCGCGCACACCCUUUCCUUCCGCCCCGUCAUCCUACCGGACACCAUCGUCCUGCGCAUCGGCGUGCCCUACGACGCGCGCACCAGCUCGUGGGCCAGCUUCGACGGCCGCGAGCGCGUCGAGCUCACCCCGGGCGACUACGUCACCGUCAGCGCGAGCAGGUACCCCUUUGCCUGCGUGCAGCCGCAUGGUAGGCGGAGUGAGGAUUGGAUCAAUAGUAUCAGCGCGAAGCUCGGGUGGAAUACGAGGCAGCGCCAGAAGCCUCUCAAGGAGUGGGAUAAUAAGUAGGACUUACCCAUCCAACAGGCCUGUGAGGUGUCGCUGCGUGGUGGUGGUGAGGAGGGGCAACGACCCGAGAGAAUUGCUUCAUCAGCCGGGAACCAUAAUGAUGCAUUAUCGGUCUGUGGGCGUCAGGUAGACAUGGGGGCGUUGACGGAAAUGUUGGGCGCUCUUGGCUUGGGGACUGGAGCGAGCGAGUAGACAGGUGCUGGUCCUGGGUGGCACAGCACACCGU